AUGGGUCUUUGUCAAAGUGAAGAGGAAAAAAAACUACACGAAAGAAGUAAAGGGAUUGGUCGUGAAAUCAAUGAAAGUGCGAUCGAAAGUGCCAAAGCUAUCAAACUGCUAUUACUCAGUACUGGUGAUUCGGGUAAGAGCACAUUGCUAAUGCAGAUGAGAAUUUUACACAGUAGUGUUUUUACGCAGGAUGAAAUAAUAAAGCAACGUUUGGUUGUAUUCGAGAAUACAAUUCAUGCAAUGGAUGAUAUCUUAAAAGUUAUGGAACGGUGUAGUAUUAAAUUCAGUGAACCAGCUAGAAAGGAUGAUUCAGUUGUCAUUGCUCAAGCGAUUAGCACAGAAUCGAAGUCAAUAACUUAUGAGAUUGCAACAGCAAUCAAGAAUCUGUGGCAAGAUCCUGCAAUUCAAAAUAUUUACGAAAGGAGACAUGACCAUAAUCUACAUGAGUCUGCCAAACAUUUUUUCGAUAGUAUCGAUCGGAUAACAGCUUUGGAUUACAAACCGAGUGAGCAAGAUAUAUUGUUAACAAGAAUAAAAACGACUGGAAUUGUGGAAGUUCAUUUUACUAUUAAAAAUAUUCCAUUCAGAGUAUUUGAUGUGGGUGGACAACGAUCGGAAAGGAAAAAAUGCAUUCAUUAUUUUGAAGACGUCAGCGCUGUUAUAUACGUUGCGGCUAUUAGUGAAUAUGCCGAAGUUUUAUUCGAAGAUAAUACUACUAAUCGUAUGGUGGAAAGUAUGUGUUUAUUUGAAACAAUAUGCAAUAGUCGAUGGAUCGCUUUUCCUCACUACAACGGACCUCAAACAUACGAAGAUUCGAUAGCUUUCAUAACGAAAAGCUUUGAAGCCUUAAAUACCAAUCCAGAAAAGACAAUUUAUGUGCAUCAAACCUAUGCUACCGAUACCAGUCAGGUUCAAAUAAUUCUGGAUAAUGUCAUCGUUAUGGUUAUUGAAAAAAAUUUAAAGAAAGUCGGCAUGUUUUGA